AGCUGUGAAAAUUUUUUGUGAAGAAAAUUCGAGGUGCUGCGGCCGCCUGCCUCAAUAGACGUCAAGUUAGUUGCUGGCGGAAUAUCGAACGGUUAAGAUCGUAUUUUGUAAAAAUUUAAAUUGUGCAAACGGGGUUCAAUAUGAAUACAUCCUCGCCGCGUUUACAAAAUCGUGCUCGCAUCGCUCCAGUACCGGAAACAAUACGAUAUCCUUCAACCGAUAUACGCUCGCACACUGUUACCAUUACCAAUCCGGGAGAGCCCUCACGCACCUAUCAAGGAUUAAAGACGUCCGAAAAUGAUGACAUGAACUGUGUGGAAAUAUUGGCCACAACCGUCUCAAUUAUUAUAAUGGUUCUAACAUUUCCAAUAUCAGUAUUUAUAUGUUUUAAAGUUGUCGCUGAAUAUGAACGAGCAGUAAUAUUUCGCAUGGGCCGUUUACGCAGUGGAGGAGCUAGAGGUCCUGGCGUAUUUUUUGUUUUACCCUGUGUGGAUGACUACUGCAAAGUUGACUUGAGAACUGUGUCAUUUGAUGUGCCACCACAAGAAGUUCUUUCAAAGGAUUCGGUGACGGUAACAGUUGAUGCUGUAGUCUAUUAUCGCAUCAGCGAUCCACUUAAAUCGGUUAUACAAGUUUCAAACUAUAGCCAUUCCACACGUUUGUUAGCAGCCACUACUUUGAGAAAUGUCUUGGGUACAAGAAAUCUAUCUGAAUUACUAACCGAACGGGAGACCAUCUCACAUACUAUGCAAAUGUCAUUGGAUGAGGCUACGGACCCUUGGGGUGUCAAAGUGGAACGGGUUGAAAUCAAGGACGUUUCCUUGCCCACAGCCCUUCAAAGGGCUAUGGCAGCCGAAGCUGAGGCUGCUCGUGAGGCUAGAGCUAAGGUCAUAGCCGCCGAGGGUGAAAUGAAGUCAUCAAGAGCAUUAAAAGAGGCUUCCGAAAUAAUUUCGUCCAGUCCUUCAGCUCUGCAGCUGCGUUACUUGCAAACCCUAGUCAACAUAUCAGCCGAGAAAAAUUCAACCAUCAUCUUUCCUUUACCGAUGGAGCUAUUGUCACCAUUUUUAUCGGCUAGCCAUGGUCAUUGUAGUCAUAAGCACCAGUGACAUUCAGUGACACCAUUAAAAGUGUUUCUGGAUCAGCUGCGUUUAUGCGAGUUGAAGAGGGUGACAAGAACAUCAGGAACAAAUCAAGCCACUUGUUAAUUUAAUAUGCAACAAUUUUCUUAAUAUUUUUAUAUUAUUUAUAACAAAUGUACAUUUCUAUCAUUUAAACCACAAUGUUCACUAGUCAAUAAAUCCUUAAAGGUA